AUGAAUGCGGUCGACGCAUCCGAGCACUUUGACAAACCCUCCCACUCGGCCGAACAAUCACCCUCACUCCUCACAGUCAUCCUCGACACCAACCCAGCAGCAUGGUCAUUGCUCUCCUCGACCCUCCCUCUUUCCAGUGCUGUCGCCAAUCUUCUCGUCUUCAUCAAUGCCCAUCUGGCAGCAAACUACACCAACAAAGUCGCCGUCAUCGCUUCUCAUUGCGACAAAGCCACAUGGCUCUAUCCAGCUCCCACCGAACAGAGGUUGCCUCGAUCCAUCUCGGCUCGAGCAAAGCGACAACCUCAUGACUCGUCUGGAGACGACAACCUCUCCGAUCCCACCAAAAGACUGAAACUCAACGGGCCAGGAGGGGAUUACCACCCUCCUGGCUCGACUCCUAAGCCUCUCUCGUCCUCAGCAAACACGGGCAGCAAAUACCGGCCCUUCCGCCUUGUUGAGGAAGAGCUCCUGCGUAACCUGACCGCGUUGCUGUCCAGCACGUCUCCAGAUGCCGUCGCUAGCAACUCAUCCACCAUGAUUGCUGGCGCCCUCACUUUGGCGCUCUCCUAUAUCAACCGAGAGUCAAUCCUGCUCACGGAGUCUCUGGUGGGAUCGUCAAACACUGCUAGUGGUGGUAUGAGACCCGACGCCACCUCGGCGGCUGGCGAAGGAGCAACUCAGUCACUUCAAUCACGUAUUCUCCUCAUCUCAGCAUCGCCUUCAACCGAUCUGGCUCACCAAUACAUCCCGAUCAUGAACGCCAUAUUCGCGUGUCAAAGACUGUCUAUCCCCAUUGAUAUAUUGCAACUUCCUCUCCCCGUCUCUUCCUCCGCGUCCACCACCACUACCACAGCAUCUUCAAAUCCCACCUCAAACACUCGCUCCUCAUCACACUCAAACUCGACCGUCUUCCUCCAACAAGCCGCCGACGCGACCCACGGCAUCUUCAUCCCCGCCCACCUGCCCUCACCCAACGAUCUCAACCCUGUCAAGACGGCGUCCCAGGCCCUCCUGACCUAUCUCCUGACCAGCUUUCUGUCCAGCCCCUUGACCCGCUCGGCACACUUGAUCCUGCCCACCCGCAUCGACGUCGACUUCCGCGCCGCCUGCUUCUGCCACCGCAACGUCGUCUCUGUCGGUUUCGUCUGCUCCAUCUGUCUGAGCAUCUUUUGUGAGCCGCCAGAGAACGGUGACUGCCUGACCUGUGGCACCCAUCUCGCCGUAGACGACCGCGGCUACGGGAAGACCCCCUCCGUGGUCGUGACCUCCAAAUCCAAGAAGAAAAAGAGGCCGCAAUAG